AUGCAGUGGAUAAAGUCAGAACCAAGAAAAUUCAAAACUUUCGUGGCCAACCGACUCGCCGAGAUCGAAGAGAAGUCCAAACCAGAAGACUGGAGAUGGGUACCAACUAAGGAGAAUCCAGCAGACGACGCCACGAGGGGAAUCCCAAUCGAAUUCGACCACAACGCUAGAUGGUUCAAUGGCCCGUCAUUUCUCCGCCCACCAGAAGAAGAAUGGCCGUUUCACGACUUCAAACCAGAGAGCAUUAUGCCAAAAGAAAAGCACAAACAGGAGGCGUUGGCAACUAUGGCAGCAGAAGACAUCCUUUUAAAUCCGGAAAGCGGGAAAGCUAUUAAAUCGAGAGCGACUGCUGCGCACUACAGCCAGAGUGGUUGCCUUUGCACACUACCUAUUAAAGAAGAGCCGUAA